GCCCCCUGCCUGCUCCAGCACAGGCCGCUCCCAAGCCACCGCCGGAUCCGGUCAUCAUGCAAGGCGAAAUCAUGUCCUUAGUCCAGAAGUUUGGCCUGGACGAAAGGAUACGUGUUCGACUUGUUGACGCGCUCACACGUCGAGCUGCGACGUUCUGGGAGGAUAUUCAGAGCCUGCGAGAGGCUUUGUCGACUGCACGAAAUCCUCCGGGAUUGUUGUCCGUGAAGCUCACUGAGAUGGAGCAAGGAC